AUGGCCGUACCCGUUUUCACCCAUGGAUUGGACCGGACUGAUUGGUAUUUAGGCUUCUCUCAAUCGAUCGGGACUGUCCAAUCUUUCCUUCAACUAAAUCAGUUGAGCGACUAUUCUGCACAAGAUAUUGGAUGGAUCACGGGCUUAGACACAGCUCUUUCGCUAUUAUGUGGCUUUCAGGUCGGCCCUUUGAUGGAUCGCUAUGGUCCUAGGCUUCUGGCGCCAGUUGCAGUUGGGCUCACCGUCGCAAAAUUCUUCCUUCUCUCCGAAUGUAAAAAUUACUGGCAGAUUUUUCUCUGCCUAGGUGUUCUGGGAGGCAUUGCCUCCGCGGUAGCCUCAACUGUCGCAAUAUCAGCAGUAGGCAAGCUGUUCAUCCGCCGUCGAGGCCUGGCAAUGGGUGCAGCGAUGGCUGGAGCUUCUUUGGGUGGCAUCACCUUUCCACUAGUCCUCCGCAGGGCUUUCCCGGCUUUGGGCUGGUCAUGGUCUAACCGGGUGAUGGGCUUCGUGAUUCUAGGUCUCAUGACUAUUGGCAUGGUUUUGCUUUUGCCUUUUCCAAAACUGAUCCUACCCUCAGCGGUGUCGUCGAAGAAGAAAUCAGCAGCACUCAACUUUGACGCUUUUCGGUCGGGGCCUUUCGUCUUCAUCACGCUCGGGUUCUUCUUGUAUGAGUUUUCCAUCACUGGAGUGGGCGUGCUGUUGCCAACUUUUGCGGUCAAGGCUGGCUUUCCAUCUGCGAUGGGUUAUACCUUGGUCUCAAUCCUCAACGGAUGUUCAUGCCUAGGCCGCCUACUGCCUGGACUUGCGGGUGACUAUGUAGGCCACUUCGACGUCAUGCUUUUCAUGACUUGUCUCUCAUUGAUCUUUACUGGAGCCUUAUUUGUCCCGUUCGGGGGCCAAUCGGCCGGAAUCCUCUACGCAUUUGCUGGUUUGUGGGGAUUUUGCACUGGCUCUUUCCUGUCAAUCCUUCCCGUGUGUGUGGGCAAGACUUGCGAUCCUAAAGAUUACGGAAGAUACUAUGGUACCAUGACAUUCUUUGUUAGUUUCAGUGCCCUCACGGCAAUUCCAGCAGGAGGUUCCCUUUUGGAAAAGGUGGGCUCAGUAGGGGCGUCGGGUCUGUAUCUUUCAACGGUUGCUCUGGGGGGCUUGAGCUUCUACACAGCCCGUUCCUUGUUGAUUGGGAAAUUUCUUGUUUUCAGAUCAAAUAUCUAG